UCUGAAAACUGCCGGCAUCUAAGGUCUCCUCCAAGGCCCUCUGGAGUCCAGCCCAUAAUAAAGGUCUUGGCAGCAGGAGUCGUGCCCCUGCUGCUGGUUCUGCACUGGAAACACGGGGCGGGGAGCCCGCUUCCCAUCACCCCUGUCAACGCCACUUGUGUCACACGCCACCCAUGUCACAGCAACCUCAUGAACCAGAUCAAGAACCAACUGGUGCAGCUCAACAGCAGUGCCAACGCCCUCUUCAUUCUCUAUUACACUGCCCAAGGGGAGCCGUUCCCCAACAACCUGGACAAGCUGUGCAGCCCCAACGUGACAGACUUCCCGCCUUUCCACGCCAAUGGCACGGAGAAGGCCCGGCUGGUGGAGCUGUACCGCAUCAUUGCGUACCUGGGCGCCUCCCUGGGCAACAUCACACGGGACCAGAAGUUGCUCAACCCCAAUGCCCUCAGCCUCCACAGCAAGCUCAAUGCCACCACGGACAUCAUGCGGGGCCUUCUCAGCAAUGUGCUCUGCCGCCUGUGCAGCAAGUACCACGUGGGCCACGUGGAGGUGGCCUAUGGCCCUGACACCUCGAGCAAGGAUGUCUUCCAUAAGAAGAAGCUGGGCUGUCAGCUCCUAGGGAAGUACAAGCAAGUCAUCGCUGUGCUGGCCCAGGCCUUCUAGACAGGAGGUCUUGAAGCGUGCAGUGACCCGAGACUCAGGUGGCUCUCAAACUGUGGCUGGGGCCCAAAGCAUCAACAAACCCAAAUGUGGGCUGCUGGCAGACCCUGAGGGGUUCCUGGCCAGUCCACUCUCCUCCAGGGUGGACUGUGAUGAAACCGAGUAGUUAAAACUCCCAUAGGCAGGGCCUAUAUAUAGUGCUGACUAGAGGAAGGCGCCCCUUCUCCUUCUUCUGGGAGGCUGCAGCCAGGCACUGGGGUGUCAGGCUGGCGAGGGGAGUGGGGGCUGGACUUCUGCCCCCACUUGUCCCCUCAGCUGGGACUUUGUAAGCAAACUGAAUAAGUUGUCUACGGUGACCCUGACCACAGGGCCAGACAGCAAGGUUCGGGGGAAUUACCCGGCCCCCAGCCGACUGACCAUCAUCAGUGCCUUGGCUUCCCCUUAGGUAGACUUUGGAAGGUUUGUUUGGAACUUGGGCAGGCCACAGGGGCUGGGAUCCCGAAGGACGCCUUGGUCCCUGUAAGUGUGGUGAGUAGAAGUUAGAGACGGGAGCUCUGGUUUCAGAUGCUGUCUUCUCUUGGGUGUGAUUGGAGAGCUCAGGCAGGAGGUUCCAGAAGGAGGCCACUAGUGUUCAGGCUCCCGGGGAAGCAGAAAAGCCACCUUCACGCCUGGGAAGGAAGACGCUGGAAGGAAGAGUCCCUGAAAGUCUGGGCUCUCCUUCCUCUUCCCUGCAGUUUUUCCUGCAGCCCAGGGUGGCCAGGGUGUGGUGGCUGGACCUAGAAGAGGUGUAUGUGGAGGUGGGCAGGUGGCAAAGUCAGGUGAGGAGGUGCUGAGGGAACCCAGAGUCUUCCUUCUGGGCGAGGGUCUGUAAGGGAGGGGAUGGAUCAGGUAGUUCAGAGUGGCAGCUCACACCUGAGGCCCAAGGAGGCCCCGUGAGGUCACAUAAAGGUACUUGAGGGGGACAGAGGCCAUCUCUGUCCCUAGAGCAAGGGGACAGCAGAACUUGAGGUCAGGGUCUCAGGAAAGCCUGAGAUCCAAGAGUGCUGUGUGUGUGUCUGACCCAGCAUGAUUGUCUAUUUAUUAUGAUGCCCUAUUUAUAUUAACUUAUUGGUGCUUUCAAUGGCAAAGUUAAUUCCCUGUUCCCUACCCAACAGAAAUAAUAUGAUGGCUACUUCUAUAGGAGCCAAUGCCAGGCCUUAGCAGAGCUUGGUCUGGAAGUCAAUGAUGUUACAAGUGGGGUAAGCCCAGAGAAGGAUCAGGACUGAGAGAACUGGUCAGCCUGAGGGGAAAGGGGUGUGGGGGACCCAGCUCCAUACUUCCACCCCAACUGUGACUUGCUUUGGGGAUGCCAGGAUCCUGGUUGCAAGGCAGAAUGCGCUAGUUUGUGGA